AUGGACUGUUGCCCGAAUCUCUGCCUGCCUCCCGAAGAAGUCGAGAGACGUAGGAUCAACAGGGCCAUCGAGAGGCAACUGGAACAUGAUAGGAAAGAGAAUGAACGUGCCUACAAGCUUCUCUUUUUAGGGACAGCAGAGAGUGGCAAGAGCACUUUUCUCAAGCAGAUCCGCAUCCUCCAUGGUAACGGAUAUAGCGAGAGCCAGCGGAUGUCCUUCAUUCGGUUAGUGUGCCAGAAUGUGGUCACCGCUAUGCAAACACUCAUUGAAGCCAUGAGAAUCCUCCGCGUGGACUACGCUGACAAUCAAAACCUGGCCUUGGCGGAGCGUCUGAGUGAAGUGCAGGUCGAGAAGGUGGAAAGGUUGGAGUCGUGGCAGGUGAACGCCAUAAAAAAUUUGUGGAAUGAUCACGGCCUUCAGGACUGCUAUUACCGAAGACGUGAAUUCCACCUGACCGAUUCAGCCAAAUAUUACUUCAGUGAAAUGGACCGAAUCACCGCCCCGGGUUACAUCCCUAAUUUGCAGGACAUCUUGAGGGUUCGUGUCCCCACCACGGGCAUCAUUGAGUACCCUUUUCAAAUAAAGGGCAUUACGUUCAGGAUGGUGGAUGUUGGUGGUCAGCGUUCGGAAAGGAGGAAGUGGAUCCACUGCAUGGAUAACGUCAUUUCUAUCAUCUUCCUGGCCGCCCUCAAUGAGUAUGACAGCGUCAUGCUUGAGGACCCCACACAUAAUCGGAUGGAAGAGAGCUUGGCAUUGUUCAAGACCCUCGUAGAGUACCCGUGGUUCAGCGAGACUUCCUUCAUCCUUUUCCUCAACAAGACAGACCUUCUGGAGGAGAAAAUCCAGCAUUCAGAUGUGGCCACAUAUUUCCCGCAGUACACAGGGCCUCCGCACAAUGCCAAACACGCUCAAAAAUUCUUCCUUGAGCUCUACAAGAUUCCACACAGGGGCCACAGAAAGCCCAUGUUCUUUCACUACACCUGUGCCACAGACACCAAAAAUGCCAAAGUGGUCUUCUCAAGCGUCAAGGAUACCCUCUUCCGAGAAAUCAUCGACUUUACCAUGUCGUGA